AUGUACUCCAAGGCUACCAUUGUCUCCAUCUUCGCUGGCUUCGCCGCCGCCCAGAUCCACCCUGCUGUUGGUGACCCAAAGGGUAACCCCAUCACCCGUCCCUUGAACGAGAUUGUCCCCAAGUGCGAGCCCUUCACCAUCACCUGGGAGCCCACCACCCCCAACUCGGUCUCGGUCCUCCUCCUCAAGGGCCCCUCGACCAACGUUGUCAAGUUCGGACCUUCUCUCGCUGAGGGCAUCAAGAACAGCGGCAGCCUGACCUGGACCCCCGCCGCUGACCUCCCCGUCACCGAGGCCAACCAGGGCUACGGUCUCCAGAUCAUCGACGAUGUGACCGGCCAGUACCAGUACAGCACCCAGUUCGGCAUCUCCGCCGGCAAGUGCGGCUCCGUCGUCUCUUCGUCUGCUGCUCCUUCGGUUGCUCCCUCAUCUGCGCCUGCCGCCGGUUACCCUGCCUCGUCGGCGCCUGCCGCCUACCCUGCCUCGUCUGCUCCUGCUGCUGGUUACCCUGCCCACACUCCCGUUGCUCCUUCCUCGGCUGCUUCGGUUGCUCCUUACCCCACCACUCUGGCUUCUGCCCCUGCGGCCGUCGGCACCGGUGGUCUCUACCCCAACGGCACUGUCCCCAAGCCCACUGGCGCUAACAGCACCACUCCUCCUCUCCCUGAGCAGACCACCAACGCCGCUGCUGGCCUCUCUGCUGGCCUCGGCCUCGUCGGUGCUGCUGCCGCCGUCGUUGCCUUCAUGCUCUAA